CGUUCAUAGAGAGAGAGAGACUGCGCCAUACCGUAACGGCGCGUAAAGUUGUUUGACAGUUCAUUAAUAGAGUAGAUCAGCAAACCUGCAGGAGAAGACAAGACCAGACCAGAGAUAUCUGAGGUGAUCUCAAGGUGCAUAUUUACUGAUGAGAGCUGACACUUUGAUCAGUACGUUUCUCUAAGAAAGAAAGAAAGAAAGAAAGAAAGAAAGAAAGAAAGAAAGAAAGAACCUCCUCCUCAGUGCUGCUGCGCGUAAAUCCGGGGGUUUGAUCUGCACAAGAGUUACAACAGCAAUAUGAACUUCUCCUUCUACAUCUACUGCUGUCAUCUGUGGGUCGCCGGACACAGCGGUGUUACUUCUUCACUUUAGUGAAGCUGUCAUGCUGCCUAAAGUCGAGUCAGACUGCCUGGGACUGUCUCGGUCACAUGGGGAGCAGGGACACAUUCCUGCAAACAUGCAAGCCCCUCAGUUUAAAAUGAUGGACUACUCCUAUGAUGAAGACCUGGAUGAGAUGUGUCCUGUGUGUGGAGACAAGGUGUCCGGAUAUCACUACGGCCUGCUCACCUGUGAGAGCUGCAAGGGCUUCUUCAAGCGCACUGUGCAGAACAACAAGCGCUACACGUGUAUCGAGAACCAGAGCUGUCAGAUAGACAAGACACAGCGUAAGCGCUGCCCUUACUGCCGCUUCCAGAAGUGUCUCAACGUCGGCAUGAAGCUGGAGGCUGUGAGGGCGGACCGCAUGCGUGGUGGUCGCAACAAGUUUGGCCCCAUGUACAAGCGAGACCGUGCACUUAAGCAGCAGAAGAAAGCACUGAUCCGUGCAAGUGGCCUCAAGCUGGAAGCCAUGAACCACACCAUGCAGACGGCGCCUGCUGACCUCACUAUCUCCUCUGCCAUCCAGACCAUCCACUCAGCUUCCAAGGGGCUGGCACUGAGCCACCACCACCACCAUCACCAUCACCAACACCAUCAACAUCACCAGCAUCACCAGUCUAGCUCUGACUAUGACCGCAGCCCCUUUGUCCCGUCUCCUGUCAGCAUGGCCAUGCCGCCACAGGGCUACCAGGCCUAUGGGCACUUCCAGAGCCGAGCCAUCAAGUGCGAGUACCCUGAGCCAUAUGGCAGCUCACCUGAAUCGUUGAUGGGCUACGCAUACGCCGAGGCACCAGGCUUCCCACGCUUGGUAGCCGAGCUGCUCAAGUGUGAGCCAGAUGAACCGCAAGUGCAGGCCAAGAUCCUGGCCUACCUGCAGCAGGAACAGGCUGGCCGCAGCAAGCAUGACAAGCUCAACACGUUCGGCCUCAUGUGCAAGAUGGCUGACCAGACACUCUUUUCAAUCGUCGAAUGGGCACGCAGCAGCAUCUUCUUCCGUGAACUCAAGGUUGAUGACCAAAUGAAACUUCUUCAAAAUUGCUGGAGCGAGCUUCUCAUCCUUGACCACAUUUUCCGGCAGGUGAUGCAUGCCAAGGAGGGCUCCAUCCUGCUGGUUACAGGGCAACAGGUGGAUUAUGCGCUAAUUGCAUCUCAAGCUGGGGCCACACUCAACAACCUCCUGAGUCGGGCACAGGAGCUGGUGAGCAAGCUGCGCUCCCUUCAGCUGGAUCAGAGAGAGUUCGUCUGCCUCAAGUUCCUGGUGCUGUUUAGCUUAGAUGUGAAGAACCUGGAGAAUUUCCACCUGGUGGAGAGCGUUCAGGAGCAGGUGAACGCAGCACUGCUCGAUUACGUCAUGUGUAACUACCCACAGCAGACAGAUAAAUUCGGCCAGCUGUUGCUGCGACUGCCUGAGAUCCGCGCCAUCAGCCUGCAGGCCGAGGAAUAUCUUUACUACAAGCACCUGAACGGCGACGUGCCCUGCAACAACCUGCUCAUUGAGAUGCUGCAUGCAAAACGCGCCUGAGCACUGAAGCGUUUCUGAAUUGACACAAUGCUCCCAGACAACACUCUUCCAGUCCAGCAUCAUCAGCAGCUACAGCAUCGAAACAUGCCUCUACACAUCAGUGCUGUGAUUACGCUGCGCUGAACUGUUCAUGACGAUUCCGUGGUUUGGGCCAAAAACAGAGACGGUUAUUGACAAGGAGUCAAUAAACACUUGAAAAUGAGCUUGAGGAGCCUCCAGUCCAACAGAACGGUGAUGUACUGACUUCUGAUCACUUGGUACAGUUGUAAUAAAUUUGCAAAACGUCUCCUGUUUUGUGAGCAGCUAAACUUUAAACUGUAAUCAUUUUCCCUCACUGAGACUGAAAGCACGAAGGUCUGAGAUGGGCGGCGCAUUUCAUUUCUUCUCCAAGACUUGGACGUGUCAUUUCUCUUGACAGCCAGUCAGACGGCUCCACUUGUGAUAGAGCUUGAGCUGUAGAGUGAUGAAACGCCCACAGAGACACUUCACCUCACCAGAAACAUGCGUACGUCAUGACCAUCAUUGACUGUCAUGACCCAAACACUAUAUACUGUAUCUGUCCAAAUAGCAGGACUUUCUUCCUCUUCCUCAAAGAGGUUAAAACAUGCACAAGCAUUUCCUCCUCUGAAAAAAAAGUCAGUUUAUGAACUUUUUACCUCUGUACCAGUACUUGUUAUUUCAUUUCUAAGUUAUUAAAUAGUUACAUUUAUCAGAAUGGUUUCACUGAUGGGUUUACAGUGUUGGAAAAAGGAACACUAUAAAACUUUAAGAUGAAGAAUGACACCUUUUUUUUUUUUUGUCCCUCAAACCCCCUCAUGUGGAAGAUACUGUUGCAGAGCGGAGAUGAAACAAAGAAAAACUGCCUCAGUCCAAAUCAGACCAAAGCCUGCUAUGGAACAAACCCAACAAACAAACAAACAGCCUUUAUUGUCAGUAUUAUGUGAGUCUUGCCUUACUUUAUUACCAUGCUAGCUAACUGUGCCGAUGUGAACUAUAACAUGUAGAAAAAUGUUUAUAUAUAUAUAUAUAUAUAUAUAUAUAUAUAUAUAUAUAUAUAUAUAUAUAUAAAGUAUUAAUGUAAUGCAACUAAGCAGAGGUGUUUACAUUCAUGUGGUCAUGUGGGAGAGAACUGUGAUGUAAAGUGGAGGUGUAAUAAACUGCAGUUGUAAAGCAAUGAAUUCUUAUAUAAAAAAGAAAGAAAGAAAGAAAGAAAGAAAGAAAGAAAGAAAGAAAUCACUUCCUCUGGUUUGCUUUUUUUUUUUUCCAGCAUGUACAGUUCAUUUUUCAUCUUGACCAGUACUUAACAAUGUCGUGAGACACUAAAAUCAGAAAGGAAUCUCACUUUGUAUUUGUGGUUCAGCCCGUUUGGUCAUUUGAUCAAUUUUUAACCGACUGUGCAAGCUUUUUUUUUCCCCCUCUGUCAAAUUUAUUUCCUGUUUUUUUUUUGUUCUCCUUUCUAAAUGUAUGUCACUGCUUGUGUUAAGCAUAAGCAUAAUUUAUUGUGUACUGCUUUUAUCCGUGUGUGUGUGUGUGUGUGUGUGUGUGUGUGUGUGUGUGUGUGUGUGAGCGAGCACAAGGGCAGUCAAUAAUGAUGAAUUUGUACAUUGAAGCAUGUUUAAAAAAAAUGUAUAUACACAAGACGUUUCAGGAGCCAAAAAGGUGACACGAAAUUUGUCCAUCUCUGACGACAGGCGCAUUCAAGUGAAGUCAUGUGAUUGUGGCAACUUCUUUUUUGACGUUUUCACCUCAAGCCGUGCGUGUAUGUAUUCUAUACCAAAGACAGCAUCUGCCUUUUGAUUCGUAGUGACCUGAUCUACAUCACAACUACCGAGCAGAUCUUUAAUCUUCAUCUACUUAUCACAACGGCAGUGUGGACGGUUAGUUCGAGGGCUUAGGAUGUCUUACAAAAAACAUUGGGUCAUGAUUAGUGUUGGGACUGUAAUCAUUCUGGACUUUAAUGGACAUUAAUGUUUGCCUCAAUUAUCAAUGAAAGUAAUUAUGGUGGUCUCAGUAUAUUUAUUGAAUUUUGACAUGAACACAAAAA